UUCAGAUGUGGUUGGGAGUUAUUCCUGUGGACUUCACGGCGCUUUCGGCGAAGUUUCGACUUAACCUCCGAUCUUUCUAAUGCAAAAAGAAACCAAACAGGGAAGCAAACACUCGUUUUUUUGUAGUUUAUUUAUUUACUGACGUGUCAGGACUAAAAACCAUAAAGAAGCCACUCGACUCUGUGUAUCAGCCGGGCUGUUAGAGUUAGUUAGCGGGUUAGCCGGCUGACUAGCACCCGAAGUGCCUUCAUUAGUCUUUAUAUAUAUUUUAUAUUUCAGCUAUUGAACAAACACAAUGGCAGAUGCACACGGCAACGACAGGACGGAUGAACGUGAACUACAAGGUGCAACAGGUGGUGAAGAUGUCAUUGAUGAUAGGAUUAUAGAAGAAGGUGCUAUUGUACUGAGAGGAUAUGUAAUAGAGCGGAUCAAUACAGCAGACCCAGCCAUGCACGUGAGCCCAAUGGACCUCGGUGGAACAGCUAAUGAAGCAGAUGAUCCUCAUUUUAAAGAAGUUGUAGACCAGCUCCUUAAAAUAGCUGAGGAGUUAAACCGGAACGCAGAGCUUCAACAUCUCAUCAAUACUGUGCAGGCGAACUGUGCUCAGGAAGUGUUCAUGACUGUGGCCAAGAGCAUCUUUUCAGAUGGCAUAAACUGGGGGCGAGUAGUGGCUCUUUUUCAUCUGGCCUAUCAGCUCAUUUACAAGGCACUGACUCAAAACCACUUUGAAAUCAUCAAGAACAUCAUUAGCUGGGUAUUGCAGUUUAUCAGGGAACACAUUUCCGCCUGGAUCAGACAGCAAGGAGGAUGGGCUGGGGUUAUGCACAGCGUGUCAAGAUGGCGCACCGUUUCCAUCGUUGCAGCAGUGGCAUUCAUAACGGCUGUUGUUUACUGGAGAAGAACUCGCUGACCUCCCGAAUAUCAUGAAAAGAUCCAGAUUCACCUAUUUGCACAUCUGGGAAAUUAUCAGAAGCAAUAACAAUUGAUCAUGGUCUUUAGAUCUAUUUGGAAACUUUCAAACAGUGAGGAAUAAGAGCUUUGAUUCAGGAAAGUGUAGAUUGUGCUAAUAUUGUGUGUUCAUACUGUAAGACACAACUAUUUAUUAACAAUACUGUGUCCUUUUUUUGAUACUCCACUACAUUUGUUGCAGUCUAUUUGUCCUCCACAGCUCUUAGAAUUUUAAUAAGUGCCAAUAUCUUCAAGCCCUACCUCCAACUUGGUGAAAUAUCUGACAGCAAAUUUAUCAAAUCAUUUUAAAUUUUUUUUUUUUAAAUUGUGUACUAUUGUACUUGCAUUCAAAAUAUAUAUAUAUAUAUAUAUAUAUAUAUAUAUAUAUAUAUAUCUCUUUGCAGCAAAUUUUUUUAAUAAUGUCGUCUUUUUAACUCUUGCCUCAGCUGGUCAAGUCUACUUUGCAGGGAUGUUGUGAAUGUCUUUACACUUAUUACUUAGUAGAGAAAAUGUUGUUUUCCAGCUCAGACACUAAGAGGCAAAUGUUCUGCUCAUGUGAUAAACAGAAAAUUCCACAAGCAAUACAAUAAUCACUGCUUUAUUCACAAUGAAAAAAAUAUAAAAGCUUUACCAUUGGA